CAUAAUCUACAGAAGGGAUCAAGCUGUGCAUUUGACGGGAUGUGACUCUGCUGUAAUCAUUCACAGAAACUUGCCCUGGAGACCUCAGCUUCCAUUCACAUAAUAUGGAUUUAGGAAAGGCAAAACUUUUGAGAGAUGGCCUCAAUGCUCUACACCAAGCAAUCCAUCCCGUGUAUGGUUUAGCCUGGACAGAUGGACGUCAGGUUGUGUUGACGGCAAUAGAGGCUGCUGAGUGUGAUGAACCUACGUUUGGAAACUCUGUGAUAAUUGGACAUUUUGAACAUGUUUAUGGCCUUUACUGGGGACCUGUUUCUGAAACCAACGCUCCAGCCCUGUUGGCUGUUCAGCACAAGAAACACGUGACAAUAUGGCAGUUGUACUACAGCCCUCAGGAGAAGAACAAGCUAGUUGUUGUACAGUCUUGUGAGGUGGGGGAUCCUUGCCCUGUGCUGGCACAAGGCUGUGUGUGGCAUCCAAGCAAAGAUAUCAUUCUGAUUUUAACGAAGAGGGACCUGACUCUACUGUAUGCUCCACGUUAUGAAAAUUCCAGUGUGAAAGCAGAUAUUAAAGGUAUUGGAGCUAUUUGCUGCGCCUGCUGGACUAAAGAAGGGAGUCGUGUUGUGGUGGCGGUUGAUAGUGCUCUUUAUUCUUACAUAUGGGAUGAUGCUCAGAAAACAUUAAAUCCCUGUUCCUUUUGCCCAGUGUUUGAUAUUGAUGCUAAAAUCUACGCCAUUCAGCCAAUCACCCGUAACCAUGUUGCUGCCACAACUGAGAUGCCAUCGGCAGACGGCUAUGGCAACAAGGAUAUCAUUUCAGAAGUCCCAACUCUACAAUCAUCCCUCUUGGCAUUAGACAGUGAACUGGCCAGAAAGAACAGGAGGAUGUCUGUGGAAUCCGGGAAGUCAGAACCAGUUGCCUUACUGAGGGUAUCUUCUUUGGCUUCUGCGGAUCUUCCUCACAUCCUGGCGAGACACCGUAAGUCUGACCCCAGUCCUCUGGCUCACCUCCGACACAAUAACUUUACAGCUAGGAAUAAGAUAAGUUCAUCUAGACUGGUUAUCGUGUCUUUUGAUAACAAUUCUACCACUACCAGGAAAGUAUCCAUACCAGGUAUUUUAAUGCCUGACAUUCUGGUCCUUGAUGCCAAUUCUCAAAGAGUGGCAGUGUCUUCCAAUAUGUGUAACCUUGUGGUGAUCUGUCCAAUAGCGCCUUCCUGCAUGCCCAAUGUUCAACAAAUCAAAUUUGAGGAAAUUGAGCAGGUCAAAGGGGUGUGUUUUCUAACAGACAGGAGUUUACUUGUCUUGGUUGGGAAGCAGAGAUCGAAUGAUGCCGUUCUUAUGCCACUCUCAUCUUCUGAAAAGUACCUCAUUUACUUAACCACAAAGGAGUUAAUGCCUAUUGAAUACGUUUCAUCUUCCAUGGUUGAUGGUUCCACCGGUGUGCCAGCCAUGAGAAAUAAAGACUUUUAUGAUGAGCAUAUACUAAAUAAAGAACUCUUGAUGCCCAGCAAUAUAGGCAUUCAAUCCCCCAUGGUUCGUAGAAGGCUUACCAGAUCGUUGAGGAGCAUCAGUCGUGACCCAAGCCCAACAUCAAGUCUCAGUGACAUGGAUGAUAACAGAAUGGCCACCGACUCUUUUGUAAGUCUAGAAAACCUUGAUGCUGAGCCUAGAAACAACAAGGAAAUAAGUAUGGACCAAGGCAGGCGCAGAAGCAAAUUACAGAGGUUGGUUGCCAAGGAACUGUGUGAGAAUUACUCAGGUGAAUCACUCCACUUACUGGCAAAUAAUACAGAAGGUUAUAACAAAGGGGAAGAUGUUUCCAUAACCAGGAACCUUGGAAACCACGAGUCAGGCUUGUGGGACCCACACUGUUGUCUAUCUGUUGUCAAGGAGUUGUUAAAAAAUUGUAUGAAAAGCCAACCGUACCCAUCUCUGGAAGAUCCACACUAUCUAUUCAUCACAUAUCAGGAUCCCGUCCAUGAAGGAGUCUCGGAGAAAAGGUCUGUCCUGCUUAGCCAUGGAAAGCUUCACCUGAGAGCAGUGCAGGAUGUUUUCCAGCUCACCAGCAUUGAAAUGAAAUUUGGGUCUAUGUGGAUUAUACUCACAGAAGAUGGAGAAGGAUUUGUGCCAAUAACAUUCAAGCACAACCAGGAAGUCACCAUAAGAGAUGCAAGAGAGAGGGGCCACAGUCGUUCCUCUACUUGUUGUGCAGACUCCAUUGUAUCUCUGGGGCCCUCAGGCAACAUGCCACAAUGUGGAUAGAGGGGAAAGCCUGUGCUAUGCAUACAAACACCAAUAAUACUCUAUCUGCUGUAGGAGAACAGAUGAUACAGUGAAGAGAGAAGUCCCAGUAAUUGGGUUGCUGUGAUACCUGUGUAUGAGCUAUGGGAGCCAAUUUAGUUCCAUAUGAAACAUGGGACUUCCAUUAAGUUAAGGCCUGAACGCACUGCUUGCAAUUUGCUGCUAAACCAGCACUAAUGGUAACUGACUUACCCUUUCUGAAAGAGACAACUAUUUCCAUUUUAUAUGGCAAUAUCCCGGUCAAUGGAAAUUGCUGCCCUCGGCUUCUUCAGGUGUGAGUAAAAGGGCAGGAUUUUAGCCAGGACAACAGCUUUUAAGCCACCAUAUCACUGUAGAUUACAUUACUACGAACAUUUACUCGUACAAAAUUUUAUGAGGAUCAGGUUGGCCCACUGUGCCUGCACAGGCUGCUUUAAAGGAGAAGAAAAGUCAUUUUGGCAUUUUACUGCCAAUAGAUUAGCCGCAUUAGUGCCACCUA